AAUCGCUUUAUCUUUUUAUGAGAAUUUAGUUUUUUUUGAUAAAAUUAAUUAUUUCUAUUUUUUUCCUUUAAGUCGAAUCGAAGUGCUCUAUAUUUUUAUGAAUCAUAAAUAUAUGUUGUAAGACAUGCACUAAGUUGUAGGUCAGCCAAUCUGACGGUGCGCUCAGAUUUGGUAGUCGUCCCACUUUGGAGUUGUUGUGCCAUUUCUUCGACUCCAAUGAGAGGUCAUUGUAUCGAAAGAAUUGAUUAGAAUUGUGUGGAAGAGACUAACCAUCAGUGAGUGUUCACUCGUAUUCUGUUCACACAAUAAUCACAAUAAUUAUGAAGUUUUUGAUCAUAUUUUUCGUUCUUUUCGCCACUAAUUUUGAUUUCGGUCUGACUCAAGCCCGCGCUGGACAGGCGGCUCAGAAUCUUUGCAGAAAUAAAAACAAUGGAGUUUUUCCGCACGAAGAGUACUGCGAUUACUACUAUCAAUGCGACGCCAGUGGGGAGGCAGUGAUCGAGGCCUGUCCUAAUGGUCUGGCAUUUGCCGGACACAAGAGAGGACUCGUCACUAACUGCGAUUAUCCCCAUAGAGUUGGCUGUCCCGAUGGCACCCGAGUGAUGGGCCAGCAACCAAUUGGUGGUGACAACUGCCAGUGGCAGUACGGGGUUUUCCCUCACGCCACCUCUUGCACCCGAUACUGGCACUGCUGGAACGGAACGGCCACUAUCCAGCAAUGUCCUUUCUCACUUCUCUACAACGAUGUCAUCCACUCCUGUGAUUGGCCCGACAAUGUGCCCGACUGUCAAAAGCACCCCAUCUGUAAGGAUGUGCCCAACGGAGCCGUUCUCAUCGAGAAGAGUUGUGUCCGAUACUGGCUUUGUGUCGGAGGUUAUCCCCGUCUCCAGAGAUGUCCGGCUGGUCUGGCCUUCAACCCAACCGCACUGAGAUGCGAGUUGGCGUCCACUGUAGCUGGAUGUGAACCGCCGCCGACUACAGCCAACCCGGAAGAUGACGAGGAGGAGCAGGGUGACUCCAAUGCCAAUAAGCCGAGCUCAGGUACUCAGGCCCGACCACAGCCCCAGAAUGCUCCCACUCCCCAGCAGUUCAGGCCAUCCCAGUCGGGUGUGAGACUUGUGGGCAAAUAAUAUCAUCAAUUCAUGGGCUGAAUGUCAUGUUAUGUCGAAACCACAUAUAAAGUCAAUUUGAAGUAAUGCCAUAACUUUGUGAAUGACAACUGUUUUUAUACAUUUCAUAAUAG